AUGGUGACACAAGAACUAGUAUCAGAUGUAAUUCUUGAGCCGUACAAUGCGACUUUAUCGGUGCAUCAACUCGUUGAGAAUACCGAGGAGACGUUCUGCAUCGAUAACGAAGCACUUUACGAUAUUUGUCUCCGCACACUGAAACUGAAUGCGCCAACGUACGGUGAUCUAAAUCAUCUGGUAUCGAUGACAAUGUCUGGGGUCACUACGUGUUUACGCUUCCCAGGUCAGUUGAAUGCUGACCUGCGAAAACUGGCCGUGAACAUGAUUCCAUUUCCCAGAUUGCACUUCUUCAUGCCUGGAUUCGCUCCGCUCACAGCUCGCGGUGCUGCUGCAUAUAGAUCGCUAUCGAUCAACGAUCUAAUUCAGCAACUAUUCGACUCGAAGAAUAUGAUGGCGGCGUGUGAUCCACGUCACGGUAGAUAUCUCACUGUUGCGGCCAUGUUUCGAGGACGACUCUCAAUGCAUGUUAGCGUUUCUUCUAUUACUUCAUUUUUUAUUCCAGAAAUAAUGCUCUUCAACGCUCUAGAAGGCCAAUUGCCUGUGAUGUAUUGUAUAUUGUAA